UAUUUGUGGCAACUGUGGCCCAGAGAGGGCAAGGGGAUGGUCAAGCCACACAGCCUAAGUUCCUCCAAGUGAUUCCAAGCAUCUGAGAGCGUGGCGGGAAAGGAAGGAAGCAUCCAGACUCCUCCCUCCCUCCCUGCCACCCUCCCCGAGCCCCCCGGACUCAGUUCCUCCCUGCGCGGGCCGAAGUAGCCGCCUGGCUGGGCCCAGUCCUACGGCUCCCUCCAGGAUGACUGCCAAGCCCCAGCGCUGCGUGAGACCUUCGCCCUCUGCCCUGGGGGAAGGUCACCUGGAGCUGCUCAGGCCGGGGCACCCACUGUGGGGACGAAACCGGCACAGGCUGGCGACGUCAGCACUCAGUGGCCUCGGGCGCCUGAGCGAACACUCAGCUCUGGGCUCCAGGCCCACGUGCACCCUCAGCCCCGCCUUCUUGCUCCCUGCCUCAGUCUCCCUCCUCGGGAUUCCAGCCCCUCCGCAGCUGCCUAGCCUGGGGCUCCGGGGACUGCCCCUGUGCCCUAGACCAUCGGCUUCCCGAGGAAUCAACAAUGGUGUAACAAACAUCUUUGAACAGAUCUCUGGGUGGGAGCAUAUGCGGGAAAAUGGAUUCCUACACCUGGCACACAGGAGUCAGAACCCGAGAAGAAAAGACCAGGGAGGAGGCCGAGGUUCCGAGUGGACCCCAAGCAGCUGCGAUCACAAGAUCACAACAUCCCCAGCGAGGGCGGGCGCCCCAGGCCCGCCUUGUUGCACUCCCCUCCUUCCUCUCCCGGCCAUGCCAGGCUCUCCCCCGCUCCGCUGCGGGGCGGUCCGGCCCCCACUCUCCGGCCUGCGGCCCCCGCGCGGCUGCAGAGCGCCCGCGCCUCAGAAGAACCAAAAAAAGCCGGCGCGUGGUGUGCGCGCGAGCGGCGCGGGGCCCUGGCGCUGCUGUUUUUAGUGUGCCUGGAGCCCAGAAUAUAGACUUAAUCACCCCCAGGAAACGCGGCCAUAAUAUUUUUGGUUGCAUAAGCAAACUAAAUUAGAAAUCUGGAGCGCGUUCAAGACCUUUAGAUGCGAGCGCGGGGGACCAGGGGAGAGACAGAUGGGGAUUAGGCGAGCUGAGCAUCAGGAGAAUAAUUUCCUCUUUUAAUUUGGGUUCCAUCGACCAGGAAAGCAGCAUUAACGGCCCAGUUACGUAACCGGCGCCAGGGCCCGCACGCAUGAGCCGCCACAGCGAGCCGGACCGGCCCUCCGCCUCUGCACCUGCCGGCGGGCCGGACCUGCAAGGGCCCGCACUCAGCCGCCCCGGGGAGGCGGGCGCUGGAGAGCGCCAGUGAGUCGUCCAGAGCCACACAUCUCGGAACUGGCCCUCGGGAUCUGAACUCGGGGGCCUUGAAAGAGGCUCCCCAGGUCUUUGCGCAGAA